GCCUACAAGUCAAGUCCAGAAACAAGAUAUAAAACACGUGCACUAAGCAUAUUCUGAGUUUGACUAUUUCCAAUUCUCAUUUCUCAAUCCAAGAAAAAAAUUAAAGAAAAAAUUAUUUUAUAUAGGAGCACCCAAAUCCAUACCAUAAAAUGCGGAUCUCCAGAUUUACAAUUUUGAUGUUGAUGGUUUGACUUUGUAUUUCUCUCCUUGAUUAGGGAAUGGUGAAUGAUAUUAAGAAAAACCCAAAAUUAACUUUAUUACCUCUUAUUGCUCUCAUUUUCUAUGAUGUUUCAGGUGGACCUUUUGGUAUUGAAGAUUCAGUUAAAGCUGGUGGUGGCCCUUUAUUAUCUUUACUUGGUUUCUUGAUUUUCCCUUUAUUUUGGAGCAUACCUGAAGCUCUAAUCACAGCUGAAUUAUCCACAAGUUUCCCUCAAAAUGGUGGUUAUGUCAUAUGGAUAUCAUCAGCUUUUGGCCCUUUUUGGGGUUUUCAACAAGGGUUUUGGAAAUGGUUUAGUGGUGUUAUGGAUACUACUCUAUAUCCAUUACUCUUCCUUGAUUACUUGAAGCAUUCUUUACCCAUAUUUACUCAUUUAAUUGCUAGAAUCCCUGCUUUGUUAACAAUUACAGUUUCAUUAACCUAUUUGAAUUAUAGAGGACUGCAUAUUGUUGGUUUUUCCUCUGUUUUACUUGCAAGCUUUUCGCUUUUACCCUUUUUAGUAAUGGGGAUUCUAUCGAUUCCUAGGAUUAAUACAAGAAAGUGGUUUGUUGUCAAUUUUGAAAAAGUUGAAUGGAGGGGAUACUUUAACAACAUGUUUUGGAAUUUGAAUUACUGGGAUAAGGCUAGUACUGUAGCAGGGGAGGUUGAUGAUCCUAGUAGAACGUUUCCAAAGGCGUUGCUCGGGGCUGUGGUUUUAGUGGUUUUGUCUUACAUAAUUCCACUUCUUGCUGGUACAGGAGCGUUGGAUUCUGAUUCUAGUGAGUGGAGUGAUGGUUAUUUUGCAGAAGUUGGAACGCUUAUUGGGGGUUUAUGGUUAAAAUGGUGGAUUCAGGCUGCUGCUGCAAUGUCUAAUAUGGGGUUGUUUGAAGCUGAAAUGAGUAGUGAUGCCUACCAACUUCUUGGGAUGAGCGAAAUAGGAAUGCUUCCAUCUGUAUUUUCUUCAAGAUCAAAAUAUGGGACACCAACUAUCAGCAUCUUAUGCUCUGCAACCGGAACAAUCUUCCUGUCAUGGAUGACGUUUCAAGAAAUCUUGGAAUUUCUUAACUUCCUCUAUUCAGUAGGAAUGCUUCUUGAGUUUGCAGCCUUCAUAAACUUAAGGAUAAAGAAGCCGAAUCUUCAUAGACCUUAUAAGGUCCCAUUGCAAACAGUUGGAGCAAUGCUGCUUUGCCUGCCACCUUCUCUGUUGCUUCUCUUUGUCAUGUAUCUGGCUUCUUUAAAAACGUUUAUAGUAAGUGGCUCCGUCAUUAUUGUGGGACUGUUCUUGUAUCCUGCUGUGAUGUAUGCAAAGGAGAAACAAUGGUGUCAUUUUAAUACAAGUGAACAAUUGGGACUUUCUAAUGAUCUUGAGGACCGAUCAUCACCUACUGAACUUGAUCAGAUUGUUGCUGAUGAUGCAUCUCUGAGCCUACUCGGACACUCUAAGACACUACGAGAUUCCAAAACUUCUUCACAGGAAAUUUCAUCAGUGGAUUAGAAGAUACUUCCCUAUUUUGUGUACAUUUAAACUAGACGGGGGAGCUUUGGUGAAACAUUGUGAUCUAAAGGUAAUGGGGCCUCUCAAUCGUGGAGACAGUAGAGAUGCAAGGUAAGAUUGCGUAAAAUAGAUCUAACCCUUCACUUAGGGACCUUUAUGCACCAGGCUGCCCUUUUUUUUUAAACCAGAAUGGAUUUAUAUUUACAUAGUUCAGGCUAGGAAAGAUAUGCUUUUACAGAAUGAGACAGAAACUAUGGGUGUAAAAGCUCAAUUAGAUUUAUGUGAAGUCUUUGAAUACCUUAUAUCUGAUGUGAAACACUACAUAACUUAUCAAUACAAACCCCGUCAACAACUUGUGAUAAUGAAACCUCCCUUUGUUUGUUGGCA